AUGUUUGAAAGUGUGAGAAACCCAAGAAUGUAUCUGAAGAUCAAAGAUGACCAGUGUGAUGGAACAGGCACAGGUGAUGAACACUGCCUCUUUAAAAUCGAGAAGGAUUUGGACACUGGAGCUGUAAGCCUGGAAUCAGUGAGAAAUCAAGGGAUGUAUGUUGGCCUCCUGCCGGAUGGCAAGACUAAGCCAGUCAUCAACACUGGAGAAAGAAACAGAUUUUUCUACCCCCAGGUCAUCAAAUUUGGCCGGGAAGAGCCUAUGGGAACAUCUGCAGCACCCAAUCAAGAGAAGAAAGGCUUCAAAGAAUCUCAGCUUCAACAAGCAAAAGCCCAGAAGCCAGUAUCUGAAAACCUUUCAGUUUUCCCACCCUCAAUGGAAAUGAGAAAUCCCCAAGGUGGUGAGUGUCCCCUUCCUUCAGAUGAUGAAUGGAAAGUGUCAGUGCUGACAGGAGACGCAGGAACUGAAGCAAAUGUCAUUCUCUGGAUAUAUGGAGACAGAGGAGCAGCCGGACCAAUAACUCUUGGCAAGGACAACAGAAAGCAGCUGUUUCUUCCCAGGCAGGAGGAUGAAUUUCAGGUGAAAAUAAGCAGCAUUGGGAGCAUCUACAAGAUAAGAAUUGAACUUGAUGGAUUGCUGAAUGAACAAUCAGAGUGGAACUUAGAGAGGGUGACACUGCAGCAUCUAAAGAGCAAGAAAACCCUGGGUUUUCCAACAAACACAUGGCUGUCAAGGCACCGUGAGGAUAGAGAUUUCGUCUGUGAACUUCCAGUAUUGGAAGCUGGCAAACCUGUCUACCCAAUUGUUUCAUACCAGGUUUAUGUCUACACGGGUGACAUGGAGCAAGCUGGUACAGAUGCUGCAGUUCAUCUGUGUAUCUAUGGGGAGAGAGGAGACUCUGGUCUAAGGCUUCUGCAUCAAUCUGGUACACCAGUGGCAUUUCAGAGAGGAAUGGUCAGUGCUUUUGGAGUGGAAGCUGUGUCUCUUGGAAAGCUGCAGAAGGUGCUGUUGCGCUGUGAGCCUAAUGCCAAGCCCCAGCGUUGGUACUGUGACAAAGUCCUUGUCAGAGAAGCUGAGAACAACUCCGAAUGCGUUUUCAGUUGUGAAAGGUGGCUUCCAUUUGUGUCCCAAGGUGAAAUGCACUCAGAAAUUGAGCUGUACCCUCGAGAAGGAGACUGGAAGAUUACUGUUGUCACUGGGGAUUUGGCAACAGCUGGCACAACAGCAACAGUAUCCCUUUAUGCUUAUGGAGAAAACAAAGCUUCUGGUCCUAUUAUUUUGGGAUCUGGGAAACACCAGCUGUUUAAUCCCAGCAGUGAAGAUACAUUUAAGAUUAAUCUCAGAGGUCUUGGACAGCUGUAUAAAAUUCGCAUUGGCCACGACAACACUGGAAAUGAUCCCAGCUGGUACUUGGAGGAACUCAGACUUGAAAGAGCAGCCCCUCCUUCUGAUGAGCUUUGUCUCCCCAUACAGUGUUGGCUUGCAGAGGACAAGGGUGAAGGUGACACGUGGAGGGAAGUGGCAAUAAGGAACCCCGCAAUGGAGCUUUUGCCACUGUUGGUGUACGAGGUCCAUGUACAUACGGGUGCCAGGCUUGGUGCUGAAACGGAUUCUAAUGUUUAUAUCAACAUCAUUGGGACAAGAGGAGAUGCUGGCAAAAGGAAGCUCCACAGAUCUAAGAAUAACAGUGUAAAGUUUCAACGUGGACAGACCAAUAUUUUCUGCAUAAAGGCUGUCUCACUGGGAGAGCUGGAGAAAGUUCUGAUUAGCCAUGAUGGAGCUGAUCCAGGCGAUGGAUGGUUCCUGGAUAAGAUUGUCAUCAAAUACAAAGAAGGAAAGGAAGCUCGGGAGGUUGUAUUUCCUUGUAAUAGAUGGUUAGAUGAAUAUCAAGAUGAUGGGAAAACUGAGAGGGAGCUAACUGCCACAAAAGAUGGCAAUGCAAGGAAGGCAUUCCUUGGAGCACAUCAGUGGAGAGUGCAGGUUAAAACAGAUGGGGAUUCUCCAGAGCCACAAGAGUGUAAAAGGACCCUUGUGAUUUAUGGCUCAAAGGGCAAAAGUGAUGAGCUUCUACUUUCUGCCCCAAACCCAGGACACGUGUGCUUUCUACCCAGAGCAAUGGAUGAAUUCAUGGUUGAGACAGGAGAUCUGGGAAAUGUAUACAAGAUUCGGGUCAGCUGUGACGAUGUUCCAGGCUUUGAGGGCUGGCAUUUGAAGUCUUUUCACUUAGAAGAGCUACACACAAAACAAGAUCUGAACUUUGACUGUAACUGCUGGCUUGCUCUUAACAGAGAAGACAAGGAGCUGGUGAAAGAAUUCCCUGCAGUUAAUGAGGACCAGAAAACUUUACCAGUCUAUAAAUACCUUGUCUCUGUUCAUAUUGGUGACCACUGGGGAGCAGAGACUUUUGCAAACGUUUACAUCAACCUCUAUGGCAGAAGAGGGGACACGGGUGUGAGGAAGCUUCAUACAUCUUUAGCAGAAGGAAGAAAGUUUCAAAGGAAUAAGGUGGAUUCAUUUCUGGUGGAAGCUGUUUCUCUGGGUCAUCUGCAAAAAGUGGUCAUAGGACAUGAUGGAGAAGGAUAUGGGGCUGGGAUGUACCUCAAGAUGCUAACAGUCAAGGAAUCACAAGACUCAGAUGAAGAAUGGGUCUUCCCACUGUGGAACUGGCUGGAUACCCAUUUGGGGUUGUGUGAGACUGUUUGUGAGAUUGUGACAGUUGGUAGAAGAUUAACUUCUAGUCCUAAACUGCCUGAAAUCAACAAGAAGUCAUCAGGAGUCUGGAUAAUGGACAUCACUGGAUCUGAUUUGAGCAAGGAAGAGGAUCCAAUAUGCCUUUCUCUUAUCUUCUAUGACAACCUGAGUCACAAAAAGUUGCCAAUUCAAGUUACAGGAAACACAAUUCAGAUCAAAGAUGAACUGGCAGGUAUUGGCUCAGUAUCCAAAGUUCAGGUGACUGGCCCACACAGCGAGCUGAAACAGCCAUGGCACUUGGAUUUACUGCAUCUGAAGCACACAGGCACAAAGGAAGAGAUGUAUUUAGCUUUUGACUGCUGGUUCAACCCUAAUGAAGACAAAUGUGUAGAGCUGCCAGCUCUCUAUGCAGAUCAGGAGCCUUUGCCUGUUGUGGAGUAUGCAAUCCAUUUGCACACAGGAGACCUGAAGAAAGCAGAUGCUACUGGUGAGGCUUAUCUUUGUAUACAAGGAGAGAGGAGUGACUCGGGAAAACGAUGGCUUAACUCAAGAAACAGCCUGAUCACUUUUGCUAGAGGACAGGUGGAUGUCUUCAAAGUCAAAGCAGUACACCUUGGCAAGUUGAACCAAGUUCUUGUUGGAUUUAAGAGCUUUAAAAAAGAUGAGUGGUUCUUGGAAAAAAUUGUGAUAAAAGAAGUCUUCUACCCUUUUUCUGCACAUGCUUUUGUUCACAAUGACUGGAUCAAUAAACGCUCCAAGAAAGAAUUUGUAGAAGUGGCAAUUCCGCUCACAGAAACCUCUGUGGCAUCUCUUCUCACCAAAACUUUUGACACUAAAAGCAGAGGACGAUGGCAAAUGUGGAUGCACUGUACCCAAGUACCAGACGAUGUUCCCGAUAUUGAAGUUGUUGUAUUUGGAAGCAAAGGGAAAUCACCUCCACAGAAAGCUCAGAACCUGAAUGAUAAUCCAUCUUUGCUGACUGUUGGUGAUAUUGGAGACAUAACAAAAGUUUCCUUUGUGUUAUCUGCUCCGUGCUUGAGAAGAGGAAUUAAGCUUCAUAAGCUUCACUUAAAAGACCUGGACACUAAGCAAGAGCUGGGCUUUCACACGGAAGCCCAAUGUCUGUUUGGAGAAGAUGGAUCUGAGACUGUGACAGAGCUGGCAGUGGUCGAGCCAGACAAGCCACCACUCAGGGAAGUUCUCUACUCGAUCAGUGUUCGCACAGGAACAUUGCCUGCAUCAGGGACUGAUGCAGAUGUGUUUCUCACAGUAUUUGGAGAGCAGGGAGAUUCCUGCAAAAGGAGACUAAGGCACUCAAGAUUUGAAAGAGGACAGGUUUGUCUCUCUGAAAUGAGAGCAGUAGACCUUGGACAGUUAUGCAAAGUGCUUGUUCAACACCAUGACGUGGGUUAUGGAGCUGGAUGGUAUCUGGACCAAAUUGUCAUCCAGGAAUCAGGCAAGACCGAUGGCCAAUAUGCAUUUCUUUGCCAGCAGUGGUUAGACAGUGGAGUUGGUGAUGGACAGGUGGAACGAAUGCUGAAACUUCUUGGAAAAGUCAGGAAUGGGAAGCUGACAGGAAAGAUUUCAGGGACUUGGGAUGUCCUUGUCACAACUGGUAAUACUACCUCUACUUCCACGAAUCCUAAAAUGUCUCUAACUGUGUGUGAUGAAAAAGGUGCCUGUACUUCAGUCAUUUUCCCCAAAGGAUCUCUUAAAAAAAAACAGAUUUUUGAGACUUCAAUUGAACUAAAUAAGAAAUUCAAUACCAUAUUCAAAGUUCGCCUGGAAAUUGAAGAAGCUGAAGAAGGAGAGACUUGGCAUUGUCGUGAGGUAAAGCUUCAACACAGAGGAAGUAAGAAUGCUCUAGAAUUCCCUUUUUGUCAGAGAUUUGCAGAUGAAGAAGGAGGAAGAGUGGCUGAGCUUCCAGUUCUCACAGCUGGCUCUCCUUUUCCAGCAGUGAAAAGCUAUGUUCUCUAUAUCACUACGGGAGCAACCCCCGGGUCAGGAACAGAUGCUGCUGUGUAUGUCAAGCUGCAAGGCCUUUUGGGAGAUACCGGCAGGAGAAAGUUAAUUAGAAAAGGAGAUGAUAAUUUCACAAAAGGAAAGGUGGAUGUUUUUCAAGUGGAAGCAGUAGAUGUUGGCACUCUGCAAGGGAUGGUGGUUGAAAAAGGGAAAGGCUCUGACUGGUUUCUGGAGAAGAUUGUUGUGAAGGAGUCAGCAGUUGCCAGGACAGAAACAUUGUUUAUGGCUCAAACAUGGCUAAAAGACAGAUGUGAUGGCAAAAGAUCUGCUUCAAUAACUCUGGAUGCCACAGACAUUCAGGAGAGGAGAAGCACUUCUGCCUGGCCUUUAGGAGAGGAGCAAAUGAAUUCAGGAGGCAGAUGGAGGAUUUAUUUCACAAAACAUCAAGAAGAAACAAAACCAGACUUUGAAGAGUUGUCAGAAAAUGUAUCCAAGUUGGUUAUGGUUUUUUAUGGAAGCAACGGCAAGUCAAAUCCGGUUUCCAUGGAAAACAAAGUGGAACAUCAGGCUAAGAACCAAAUAACAUGUGAUAUACAUUUACCAUCUGAUCUGGGAAUGCUUUAUAAAGUGAGGCUUGGUCUCCAGAGUUUGGAAAACAGCAUAUCCCAGUUGUCUCUUUGUCACUUGAAAAUGCAGAACACAUCUACUCUGGAUACCUUUAGUCUCACCAUAAAUAAAACUCUUCCUCUUUCUCUUAAUGGAGACAGAUGGGUUGAAUUCCCUGUUGAGUGGCCAUUAAAAGAAGCACUUUCUGUGGUUACAUAUCACCUAACAGUGUUUUCUAGAAAUAUUUUGAGUGAGAGAAAUUUAGUGCACAUGACUGCGUGUAUCUACGGUGCUCAUGGUGACACAGGGGACAGAGCCCUUCUCUGGUCCUUGCAGAAUGUCCAGCAGGGAGAGGACAAUGAGUCGUUUCUGGUUGUGGUGGAAGCUGUUGAAUUGGGAGAACUGGACAAAGUUGUUCUUCUGAUCAGCAGUAAAACAGACUGCAAGCUGGACAUUAAAAAACUGCAUUUGAAAGAAGCUGUGAAGGAACACCCUAUCUAUGUAUUUGAAGUGAAUGAAGCAUUUUCUGUGGAGGCAAAUAAGCCAGAAAUACAGAAAGAAAUCCCACUAUCUUUUGUUAUUAGAGGAGACAAAGAAACGAAUGAUCUAGACAACAGCUUACGUAGGGAAGGAGGCCAAGCAGGAAAUCUGACAGAGUAUACGAUUAAAGUAUACACAGGUGACAAAAGGGGAGCAGGGACUGAUGCCAAUGUGCAUAUUGUUUUGUUUGGGAAAGAGGACAAAUCGGAGGUGUUUCAGCUCUCUCAGUCGCUGGAGCAUCAAGACCCCUUUGAAAGAGGAAAGGUUGAUACAUUCAAGGUUAAGACAAAGAAAUUAGGCAGCCUGCGUUCAAUUGAAAUUGGUCACGAUGGGAGAGGAUUUGCAAGUGGCUGGUUUCUGGAGAAAGUAGAAAUCACAGAUGCAUCUAGGCAUUCACAGUAUUGCUUCAGCUGUAACAGGUGGCUUGCUGAGGAUGAAAGCGAUGGUCGCACCGUAGUGCAGCUCUACCCACAGCUGCCUGAUUUCUGAUUCUUUCUGAGUGUUUCACUCCUCCAAACUGAUGCAGAUUUGAUUUACUUGUAGUUUAUAAUUCUGGAGGUAUUGUAAUUACCGUGAAGGGAUGUCAAAACAAUGCAUUAAAAGCAUCACAGUAAAUUAAACAUGUCUAACGUGAGCGCCGCGUUCCAGUCCUAGCAGAGAUGCUCAAGAACUUUGCAUGACUGAAAUGUAGAGAGCAGACAUUUCAGCCUGCAGUGUGGCUCUGUGGGCUUGAUCUGAGCAUUCACAAUGGCAGGCCUCUG